UUGAGCGGUUUUUCAAACAAACACACAAUCAGUGAAUGCAUUGUCUGAAUGUUGUGUUGUCUUCACUGAAUCAAUAGUUUGUCCACUGAUUUGAUGCAAUAAAUGCCAGAAAAGGAUCAAACAAUGUCUGACAACUCAAACAUUUAUUGGGUUGAGAAGUACCGACCGAAACAAUUGGAUCAAUUGAUUUCACACCAAAAUAUUAUCAACACAUUGAGCAAAUUCAUAGCCGAGAACCGUUUGCCACAUCUAUUACUCUAUGGCCCGCCGGGCACUGGCAAGACAUCGACAAUCCUGGCCUGUGCUCAACAACUGUAUUCACCGCAACAAAUGGCAUCUAUGGUUCUUGAGUUGAACGCAUCUGACGAGAGGGGCAUUGAUGUGGUUCGGGGACCGAUACUUAACUUUGCGUCGACUAAAGCUGUCUUCAAAAGUGGUUUCAAACUCAUUAUUUUGGAUGAAUGCGAUGCCAUGACUAACGACGCACAGAAUGCUCUCAGAAGAAUAAUGGAGAAGUUUUCAGUGAACGUCCGGUUUUGUUUGAUAUGUAACUACUUGUCCAAAAUAAUACCAGCCCUACAGUCCCGGUGCACUCGAUUCAGAUUUGCGCCGUUAAGUACCUCACAAAUCAUUCCUCGAGUUAAAUAUAUUGUAAAUGAGGAACAAAUUAAAGCUACUGAUGAUGGUAUCAAAGCUCUUAUAGACCUAUCGGAUGGCGAUAUGAGAAAAGUGUUAAAUAUAUUGCAGAGUACUUCCGCUGCUUUUGAUGAGAUCAAUGAACACAAUGUUUAUCUUUGUUGUGGACAUCCAUUGAAAGAAGAUAUCGAAAACAUUCUUAAUUUAAUUCUUAAUAAGAAGUUUAGCUCAAUUUAUGAAAGUAUUAUGGAAAUGAAAAGAGAGAAAGGGUUAGCACUUCAAGACAUAAUUACUGAUUUGCAUCCCUAUGUUAAUAGAAUUGAUUUUCCAACUUAUCUUAAAAUUGAAAUCUUAGAGAAAAUGGCAAAUAUUGAAUAUCAACUAUCUUCGGGUUCAUCCGAACGCUUACAAUUAGCCGCACUUAUCGGCGCUUUUCAGACCGCCAGAGAUAUUUCGCAAAAGUCUUAA